AAAAUGGCCGCUGACAGCGACGCAAGUCACCGUGUUGCCAUUGAAUAGCAUGGAAUUAAACCUUCUUCAGUGUAUAUGUUUUGUGGUCAACAGGGUCCUAAAAACAAUAUUUAUCAUUUAUCUCAGUUUAAAUUUAAAGGUGGCAAAAGUACCAUGAACUUUUUAAAUACUUCUCACAGAUAUUUUAUACAGUACAUGUUGAACCAUGGUACAAGUACCGUUGAAAAUGCUAUAAAGUUUUCCGCCAAAGUUACUGGUGGAUCUGUGAACGAUGCAAACUCUUUGAAAACAUUAGUGACACAAAUCAAUGGUGUAAUAUCCAAGCAGGGCUUCAAGAUGGUCUUCACAACAUGCGAAGUCACAGACCAGAAUCUUAUAAUUUGGUUAAACACAAAGAAUGACCACAUAACACAGUUACAAAAUGUAUUCACUCUAGCCCAAUUAGAAUAUUUUCAUGCUAUUCUAAUGGAGAUAAUAAAUUCAGUGGAGUAUAGGAUAACUUACCCAGAAUGUUUGAAUAUUACCUGUUCACUGAAGUUUCCUGUAACAAGAGAUGCAGGCCAAGAAGUAUUUGAGGAAUGGAUUAAAGGAGGUUACUAUGUGAAACAAACAAAUUUUGUAUACCUUGGUCCGCGCUUGAUUCAGGAAUUUUCUGCGUAUUUGAAAACUUGCUGUCCAAGCAAUGUGUGCAUUCUUUGUCAGGAACUAGUGUUUUUUGGAAAGAGUUGUGGUUCCUGUAGAAAAAUGUUACAUUCCUAUUGUCUCACAAAGUAUUUCCAAACUGUCCGUCAAUGUCCUGGCUGUCAAAGCAACUGGAUAGAGGAUAAUAGGAAUACAAAUCAUGCUGGAUCUGAUUCGGAUGACUGAUAACUGUUUAAGUACCAUUUUAUCUGUCGAAAUUUAUCAUUUUAUUCUGUUGGUUACAUGUUAUUUUUACAGUGUUGCAAUAAACUGUUUUCUAAAAAAAUGCAUCU